AUGACCGCUGUACAAACCGCCACCGAUACGAUUCUCGAGGUUAACAACCUCAAGACCUACAUUUUCACGCGAGCGGCUACCGUAAAGGCAGUCGACGGAAUCUCUUUCGAUUUAAAAAAGGGAGAGACCUUGGGCAUCGUGGGUGAAUCCGGCUGUGGCAAGACGAUGACAGCACUGUCGUUGUUGCGUUUGGUGCCGAGGCCAGCCGGGCGCAUCGUCGAGGGCGAGAUAGUCCUCAACGGUGAGGACAUCCUGCAGAAAAGCGAAGACGAGAUGCGAGACGUUCGCGGUCGACAGAUUUCCAUGAUCCUCCAAGACCCUCAGACCUCGUUGAACCCGGUGUUUACCAUCGGGAACCAACUACGGGAAGCUCUGGGGAUCGCCCACAGAGAAAACAAAAGUUCAAUGUUGUCCCGGGCGGUCGACGCCCUGCGUAAAGUCAACGUGGCGGCGCCGGAGCGCCGGCUCGACGACUAUCCGCACCAGAUGUCCGGCGGCAUGAAACAGCGCGUGGUGGGCGCCAUCGCGAUGUCAUGCGAACCUGGCAUCAUCAUUGCCGAUGAGCCCACCACGGCUCUCGACGUCACGAUUCAGUUGCAGUACCUGCGCCUGCUCAAGGAAAUUCAGGCUGAGACCGGACUGGCGAUCAUAUUCAUUACGCACGACUUCGGCGUCGUGGCUCGCAUGUGCGACCGCGUCGCGGUGAUGUAUGCGGGUCGGAUCAUCGAGCAAGGAGACGUGCGGGACAUAUUCAGCAGACCGGCGCACCCUUACACCCAGGCAUUGAUCAAUUCCGUGCCAAAGCUGGAGGAGCGGGUCGACCGCCUGUACUCGAUCGAAGGACAACCACCGUUGUUGUCCAAUCUGCCGGAAGGCUGCCGUUUCGCGCCGCGUUGCCCGUACGCCACCGACCGUUGUCUCGAGACAUAUCCCACUUCGUCCCAACUCGCCGAGGCGCAUCAUGCCGACUGCUGGGCCCUGCACUCGGAUUGGGAAGGAACGCCCAUAGCGGAAUUCGUGCCGCCGACCGGUUCGUCCGGGUAA